UCUUUCUUUCUCACUCACCUGCUCAGCCCAAAGAGAGUUCUCUCCUUGUUUGACCGACAAAGCAUACUUCUUUUCUAUCACUGUCACAUAUUAUAUAUAGGUUUAAAGGGACGAGGACGAUAUAUAUUGAAUCUUCUUCUUUAAUUGCCUUGAUAUGGAGAAGGAGACUAUUAUGCAGACUGACAUUACAGCCACAAAUAAAACUGUAAUGGUUGUGUUGGAUAUUGAGAGUCUUGCACAAUCCUCAGAUAGAGGUUUGGGGAGCCCAAAAGUGACUCGGGCACUCUCUCGUAAAUGGUCUCAUCGAGCAGACAGAUGGACUAACAAUGAGGAAGAAGAUAUAGAUGAAUCAUCCAAGAAAUUCCAAGUAAAAGUGAACUCUCAAUUAGAGCCUUCGAAGCAGGCAUUGAUGGCCAACAAAGCUCUAAUUCCUAACCCUACUGUCAGUGGCCCUAAUCUCAUGGAUGCACCAGAUGGAAGGAAUAAGAAGUCGAACCGCUUUAUGUCCAUCAACCCCAGGAAGAUUCUAUUCAUCUUCGCAACAGUGUCUAGUAUGGGCACAUUAAUUCUCAUAUACUUCACGCUCGCAAUUAAUAAAACAGUUUGAUAUUUGGAGGGUUGGUAUGAAGCAUCACUGAUAUGAAUGUCAUCGGAUGAGGAAAAAAAACUGAACUAUAGAUUAUCGUUUGCAAUUUUAAGUUCUUGUGCUAUUUCGAUGGUGGAGUGGUGCUGCCUGCUGGUCACUUCAACUACUUUGCUGAAAGAUGAAAGAUCAACAACAUUAUGGAUACCAUGCCAUAUGAAAAUUUUUCAUUCUCAUUGGUCCAGCCGUUACUAUUUGCUCUUUCGUUUUCAUUUUUAAUCUUCAGGUGCCACAAUCUUUGUAAAUUAUAUAGGACACUAAUGCUUGAAACUACAAUUCGUUGUGAUAUAAAGUUUUGUAAGGUCUGUAUAUUAUGGAUUAUGGGAAGGUGUUGCAUACAUUAAAAUUUUAUCUCAA